CUCACUCUUUUGCUCUGCUUGGUGUGCCGCGCAGUAUCUGUAGCGUCCAGCAGUACUGGCAACAAUGUCGUGGUCAGCCGUCCUAGGAAAGGUGAGGCCGCAAGCGCUGUGGUCGUCUCUUGUGAGACCAGGAUGCUCAUCGGUGGCGAGGCAUCGUGGAGGGGGGCUGGGAGCUGCUGUAGGCGGCGGCAGCAGCUCGCGACAAGGGCCGUGCGAUGCACUCGGUCAGCAGCAGCAGCAGUGCCGUGGCAUGGCAGCGAACAACCACAGGCAUAAGAAAAUCCUCAAGUUGGCGAAAGGGUAUCGCGGAAGGAGCAAGAGCGUUUUCAAGAUCGCCAUCCAGAGGGUGGAGAAGGCCCUCCAGCAGGCCUACCGCGACAGAAAGAACAAGAAGAGGGAAUUCCGCAGACUGUGGAUCGAGCGCAUCAACGCCGGCGUGCGCCAGCACGGUAUGCCGUACUCGGUGUUCGUCAACAAGGCCAGGAAAGCGGACGUGGAGUUGAACAGAAAGGUGUUGGCCGAGAUGGCUGUCACGGAGCCGUACAGCUUCCGCGCCGUGGUAGAGACGGUCAAGGCGAAGGGGUCGCCCAAAGCAUAGCGCGGCGGGGGCGGGGGGGAGCGUGUGUUGGCGUAAUGAGUGUUGGGGUGAAGGUCAUCGUAGGGGGUAGGGAUAUCUACGAGCAGUGUCGCCGGUAUGAUAUGCCUCAACAGUAUCUUGUAUCUUGUGGAAUAGGUGAUAUCGCAGCGGGGAAAGGGGUCGGCCUAGCAAGUCGAGCGCAACUGCUGUCGUUGAAUGAAUUGUAACGUUGCGGCCUCUUCUCAUGCUACCAAGCGGAAGGCAGUAACAUUCCUUGGUUCUUCGUGACCAAAACCACCCUGUGACGGAUGAUCGCUCAUGUCGUCUCGGCGUUAGUCUGUCUUCCUUGCCGCCACCUUUUGUUGGUGUGCGCCACGCUGGAGUAGUUCUGGCCGCUGUGUUACUGUUUUUUGUUGAAGAAAGUAUCUGAUACUUCGAAGUUUAUUGGAGCUGUCGCAGGUCUCUUCAGGCUUUGUGUGGCACCCCAAGCGGAGACAAUUACGUGCGUUCUAUUUCUCGCAGAGACUUGUAUUGGGCAUCAUCGGGUUGAUGUCUCCCACAUGCACCUUGAAG